UUUGCCCAGCUGGUCUCUGUCUACAAAACUCUGGGUCCAGAGAAAUUCCCUUUAAUUGAGCAAACAUUCUAUCCAAAUCACAAGGAAAUGCUAACAAUGCCAACAUUUCCUGUCGUCGUGAAGAUUGGACAUGCUCAUUCAGGCAUGGGCAAGAUCAAGGUAGACAACCACUACGAUUUUCAGGACAUAGCCAGCGUGGUAGCACUUACUCAGACCUACGCCACUACUGAACCCUUCAUAGACUCCAAAUAUGACAUCAGGAUCCAAAAGAUAGGCAGUAACUACAAAGCAUACAUGAGAACUUCCAUAUCUGGAAACUGGAAGACAAACACGGGCUCUGCAAUGUUGGAACAAAUUGCUAUGUCAGAUAAGUACAAGCUUUGGGUUGACACCUGUUCUGAAAUAUUUGGUGGUUUGGACAUCUGUGCUGUUAAGGCUGUACAUGGAAAGGAUGGAAAAGAUUAUAUUUUUGAGGUCAUGGACUGUGCAAUGCCUCUGAUUGGUGAGCAUCAGACUGAAGACAGGCAACAUAUAACUGAUCUAGUCGUAAGCAAAAUGAACCAAAUGUUGUCCAAAACUCCUAUACCAUCUCCUCAGAGACCCACUGCCACUCAGCAGCCUCAGAGUGGAUCACUAAAGGAGCCAGAGCCAAACAAAAUCCCACCUCAGCGACCACCACCUCAAGGGGGCCCAGUGCAACCCCAAGGAAUGCAAUCACAAAGCCAGGAGCCAUUGCAGCCCCAGCGCGUGUACCCCCCUGGGCAGUCAGCAAAGCCCUCGGCUUCCCAGCCGCAGCGUCCGCCUGGACCUACAACUCAGCAACCGCGUCCCCAGGCUCAAGGUCCUUCCAGCACCAGGUUAUCAAAGGAAGCGGAGCCGCAGCCGCAGCCCGCUCCAUCGCCAGCUCCCCAGCCCGCUCCACAGCCCGCUCCGCAACAGAAGCCUCAGUCUCAUCCACAACUUAACAAGUCGCAGUCUUUGACAAAUGCCUUCAGUUUCACAGAAUCAUCCUUCGUCCGAUCAUCUGUGAAUGAAGACGAAGCAAAAGCUGAAACUAUUCGAAACUUGAGGAAAUCCUUUGCUAGUCUUUUUUCUGAUUAGCCAGCUUCAUCUAAAUGCACCUAGCAUAUAGUCUAAACUACGUGAAUGUUACAUAGGUUUUGUUUUCCCUGUGACAGUACCCUUCUCUACUGUGCUAACUGUUGUAUUAAGCAAUAUGUUAAACU